AUGGAGCAGUCUGUGUCUGCGGAUCGGUCUUUGCCGGUCUUCAGGCGGGUUUCUUACGCAACGGGCCACUUUCUGAACGACCUGUGCAGCUCUAUGUGGUUCACUUAUCUGCUGGUCUACUUCCACUCUGUGCUCGGCUUCCUGAGCACCACUGCUGGUGUGCUGCUGCUCAUCGGGCAAAUAGCAGAUGGAGUGUGCACGCCGCUGGUUGGAUAUGAAUCCGACAGGACCCCCGGCAGGAGGAAGACCUGGCAUUUACUGGGAACCCUCUGUGUCCUCUUGUCUUUCCCCUUCAUUUUUAACCCCUGCCUGGCCUGCACCAACAACACUGCUGAGUGGGCUCAGAUCAUUUACUUCUCCCCCUUCAUCAUCGUCUUCCAGUUUGGCUGGGCGGCCACUCAGAUCUCACACCUCUCCCUCAUCCCAGAGCUGGUGUCCAGCGAGAGCGCCAAGGUGGAACUCACUGCGUACAGGUAUGCAUUCACUGUGGUGGCCAAUAUCACGGUGUACGCUGUGGCCUGGCUGCUCUUUCACUUCCAGUCGCAGCACAAUAUGGAUCCAUCCAUCUCAGGCAGCCUGGGCCCGGUGGACAUCCCUCUAUUCAGGACGCUGUCCCUGAUUAUGAUGGGCAUCGGAGCAUUGUUCUCUGUCAUAUUUCACGUCGGCACAAAAGAGAGUGCACCACGCUCAGAGACGGAGAGUCAGCUGCUCACUCCGGCCCCCUCACGGGAAGCUUUGCCUCGUCCUGUAUUCCGGUGGAAACACUGGCUGAAGGAAUCAUCCUUCUACCAGGUGGCUUUCCUUUACAUGUGCACACGACUAAUAGUCAACCUGUCCCAGACGUACAUCUCAGUUUACCUCACCAACUCACUGAUGUUACCAAAGAACUACAUUGCCAUCAUACCACUGGUGAUGUAUGUCAGCGGCUUUGUGUGCUCUCUGGCCAUGAAACCAAUCAGCAAGCUCAUAGGCAUCAGUAUGACAUAUUUAAUAGGCCUGCUGUUGGUGCUUGGCUUCGCUAUCUGGGUGUUUUUGGACAGGAACAUGGGAGCUCAUAGUAUCUUCGGCGCAGCGGCGCUCCUGGGAACCGGUUCAGCUACCAUCCUCGUAAUGUCUCUGUCCAUGACUGCCACACUCAUUGGGGAUCAGACGCAAAGUGGAGCCUUCGUUUAUGGGUCGAUGAGCCUCACAGACAAGGUAGCUAAUGGUGUCGGGGUCAUCCUUAUCCAGAGCAUCAGACCAUGCAGCACAGAGGCUUGCUGCCCGGCCUGCGUCUGGUUUUAUCGUAACGUCAUGGCGGCAGUCACUGGGGGCGUGGCUUUGGCUGCAGCACUUUGCCUGUUUACAAUUAUCAUCAAACCAAUCAGGAGACGGAGAAAUUAGGGCUCUGAUUCUUUCU